AUGUCCUCCCAAAAUAGUAUCACUACUGUGGAGCUGUCCGAACAGGAACGUUACUUCGACAAGAUAUGCGAUGCUUCUCACAACUACCCUCAAACUGCUCCUAGCAGCAGAAGGAGUACCAAAGCCCGGCAAGCCGUAGCUACUACGUGGGAUCGAGAAGCAGCUCGUAUCUUCCACCCGAGACCCGAAAAUGCUUGUCUCAAGAUCUUUGAAACGUGCGACUGCAUGACUCCAUGCAACUGUCAAUCGCUCUCGGGUGAUGUCAAGACCAUGGAAGAUCUAUUACUUCGCUUACAGCCGAACAAGAAAGCCCCAAAGAUGAGAUACGUGUCUCUCCUUUCCAAAUCUUCCAAAGAUCAAGUCAGAUGUCCGAUUAAGAUGUUCAAAUAUCUAUGCACAUAUCAACGAAUCCCAGCUUCGUUCCUAAGCUGCCUCUACUCUUUCCGCCGGUCGCACUCUGCUCAAGAAUGGUGUAACCUUCCUCAAUUCAACGACGACAAUACUUUGCUCUCGUCUGAGGAUGAUAUCCUGCCUCUAAAUCGAAUGGGUCUCUCAGGGCGCGAAAUUAGGUAUUCGUUUGUCUUGAGAUCCGUCGAGAGCUCCACCUCCGUCCCAAGCAGAUCUUGGGGAGUCCGACAACUGGCAGUAUAUCAUUCCUUUGACAUUGAAAACGGGCAGUCACUUUGGGUAACCUGCAAGGGGAACUCGCUGAACGAAGAGCUAUUCCAAGAAGCUUUGUCUGAGAAUAAAUUCCUUCAAUCAAAUGUUCUGGAAUCUGUUCCACAGGCGUUCUCGUCUUCCCUUGAGGUUCUCACUAUGCUGAUUGAUUGGUGCGAUGAUGAUUGGAUAUUCUACAUCAACGAACUUUUUGGUGGGAUCAAACCACUUGUGGACAAAGCGAGAACGCCCGCCAUAAAAGACGAGUCAGCCCUUACCAAAGACGUGAAAAUCAUCACAGGUUUGGCUGAAUCGCCUUCGAAAAGGCUCUCGCAUAUGACGAGCCUCGAAUCUGGGACGACCCGCAGUCAGAGCAAUGGAAAAGGGGACCCGUGGGGUGAUCUCAAUGACCGAGUCAAACGACUCGAGAGGCUUGAAGUGUUUUCUUUUGACGAGCUACAGAAACUACAGCAAGGCCUGGAGGCGAUCCAGGAAGCGCUCCUGGUUCUCAAGCUAAACAACCAAGUCAUCAGACAGAUCCGCGAGCACUACCAGUGUCUUAUGACCCAGUAUCGGCUUCCCACUUUGAGAGGGAUCAAGAAGGGUUGCGAGGAGUCAUUCUUUCAAUAUUGUCGGCACUCUCGAAAUAUUGAGGCCAAUAUCGAUGCUCAUCAGGCGCAGCUCAAUGCGCUGCUACUGCUCUACAACACCAUUCUCCAAUACAAAACCAUCCAGAUCAACAAGAUCUACGCAGAGAGCGCUCACUUGUCGACUCGGAAUAUGGAGAAUAUCGCAAACAAGACCAAGCGAGAGACGAGCUCAAUGCAUAUCAUCACUUUUGUGACUCUGAUUUUCCUCCCUGGAACAUUCAUGGCUUCUUUCUUCCAGAGCGGUAUUCUUGAAUGGCCUCAAGUGAACGCAAAGGCGCCAUGGAGGCUAAACAAGGAGAUAUUUUCUCUAUUUUUUGGCCUCUCCGCUACCAUCACGAUCGUCACCAUUGUUGUUUGGAUGAUCAUUCUUUUCAUGCUGCGCAGGCCGCAUAGCGAAAGAGUCAAACACGCAUCUUAG